AACGCUGCAGCAUCAUUGCCUGCCUCACCGUCUCCUUAUACUGCAAACGUGAAUGAACGGCUCUUAUGGGGAUCACUACGAACCGGGCGCCCGCUUUUCCCCUUCAAGCCUUUGACGCACACGGAGAAGACGGACAACCAGCCUUUUUUGUCAAAUAAUACUGCCGAAGAAGCAUCCGCGGAUCACGACUCAUAAUGGCACUGCUUAAUGCCAUUUAAUAUAUUUUUUACGUAAUUCGACGGGCUUUGCCGGUUUUCAGAAAAUCUGAUUUUACGGACGCGCCGCCAGUAGGGACAGGAUAUCACGGCUGCUUCAGUUCCACAAACCCACACACAUCUGACGGAUAACAGAAGCCGAGAUGGAUGCAGAAACAGAUGGAAUGGAAACGGAAUAGAACAGCUGAAUCCCUCAAUCAAAAUUCUGCAUCAGGAGAUGACCUGCUGAACCAAUGGUUUGGGUAGCUGAAACACAUGGGUCAAAGGUUUAAUAAAGCCCAGCUGAACAUCUGCUUCAUUAAAGAUGGACUACAUGGACAUAUUUCCCUUUUGAAUGUUGGGGUACCCUGCCUGGACUGUAGUCUUACUCCAACAGGGGCAAUGCACUGAAGGGGAAUCUUUGGCUACCAUGAAAGGGUUGGGAAUCAACCGUAACCGUCACCUGUCUGACUCCUGCGAACCAUCGUCAGGCCUGCCGGAGGUCAUGUACCCCCUGGCCCCUGACCCCCGGAGUCCCUUCCUCCUGAGCCCCACCAUAGGCCACUAUGGUACCAUGGACUCUCACCACUUCCCCCCUACCAGCCCCACCUCUCUCCCUCCAGAAUGCAUGCUACCCCUCAACAAUCAGAUGACUAACAGCAGCACCUUCCCUCGAAUCCAUUACAAUUCUGAGUAUGCGCCCAGCUCCAUGCCGGGCAUCCCAUCGGCAACCCUGGGAACCACGAUGCCCUUUGGUAUGAGUGUCGGCAUGAGCGUGGGUGUGGGAGGGACCCCUCUCAUCACCAGCGGUUCAGCGACCAUCUCCACAGCCAGCAAGAUAAACAGGCUCCCUGCCAACUUACUGGAUCAGUUUGAGAAGCAGCUUCCCGUGCAGCGGGACGGAUUCAGCACCCUGCAGUUCCAUCGCAGCCGGACGUCGAAGCAGCGCAGCGAGAGCCCGGGCCGCAUCCGUUACCUGGUGCACUCGGUGCAGAAGCUCUUCGCUAAGUCGCAGUCACUUGAGGCCUCCAUCAAGGGAAACCUCAACGGGCGUGCUGCGGAAGGCAAGCGUGGCCGGCGCAGCAAGAGCAAAGACCGGGCAAAGACCGAAUGCACCAAGAGGCGGCACCGUUCUAAUAUACUGGGCUUGUGGAGCUCCGAGGACAACCUGGAUGAUGAUGCUGGUGGCUGCCACGCCCCAGUGGCCAUGAUGACUCUGGGCCGUUCCGCACCUGAAAGCCAGGGGGCGCCAAAGGUCUUUCCACAGGGCUACAACACCAUUAGCGAAAACACACUGAAAGCCUCUAAGAGCAACAAUGACCUCAAGGUCCAGGUGUGUCCACCAUUUCCUGUGCCUGUGGAUGGAACUGGGGAUGGUGGACAAGGUGGCGAGAACAAGGUGGUGAAACGCAGCUCCUGGUCCACGCUGACCCUCAGCCAGGCUAGGCAGGUCUGCCAGAUGGGGUCGGCCACAAUUGAUAAAUCACUGCUCAAGUCCAAGUCCUGUCACCAAGACCUGACGUGUCGUUACCUGCAGGCAGGCGAAUGGAACAACACGCUGGGUCGCAGCCGGGGCUCCAGUGAAAUCCCAUGCAGGCGUAUGCGCAGCGGCAGCUACGUGAAGGCCAUGGGGGACCAGGAGGACAGCGAGGACUCCGAGGGCAGCCCCAAACCCUCGCCCAAGAUGGCAGGCCGCCGCCAGAGCUACCUGAAAGCCACCCAGCAGUCUCUGAGCGAGCAGCUGCCAUCACGCAAUUGUCUCCCUUCUUUGCAAGAACUCUCCACCAAUCGCAGCCUGGACAAUCUGGACUGUAUCAGUGGACCACCCAGUGCAACUUUCCCGAACUGGGAUGAGGAGGACUUCAGCCUGGGCUGCAACACGCUUGGCAAAAUUGGCUGCAUCACUAAGAUGCAGGAUCCAGAGGUGAUCCAGAUCGCUGAGGACACCUACCAGGAUUCGCCGUUUGGUGAAGGCAACAUGCAACCGGCCACAGAAGCAGUCGACCUGCCGUCGGCCACCUGCUUCCGCUCACGAUCACACAGUUACUUGCGUGCCAUCCAGGCAGGAUGUUCCCAGGAUGAGGACACGGCCUCCCUGGACUCUGACUCACCUCCACCCACCGCCACCACUGUUCGAACGUACAGCUCCAGCACCACCUCCACGUGUAUAACCACCUGUAAGAGGACGCCGCCCCCUGUGCCUCCUCGCAUUGCCCCCAAGCCCUUCAUCUCCGUCACGGUGCAAAGCAGCACAGAGUCAGCCCACGACACGUACUUGGAAAACCAGGAGCGCAGGACUGAGGCUCUGCCCUCUGCCAGCCGGCCUGUGCUCAGCUACCCUCCCGACGGCCUGGAGCGGGUCGAUGCCGCCCAGCCUUCACCCUGCACCGCCCAACAGGAGCCCCCAACCCCCAGCAGCCCCCCCAAGGAGUCGCAGCAUGACACGGCGCAGAGCGCCGCGGACACCCUGACCCCCGAGGAGCCCAAAGCCGAGGCUGGACCCAAAAGGAAGCUCUCGUCCAUCGGUAUCCAGGUGGACUGCCUUCUGCCAGUCCAGAAAGAGGAAACGCCACCCUUGACCAGAUUCCAGUCAAUCGGUGUCCAGGUGGAAGACAGCUGGCAGCUGAACCGCUCCAGCAGUAUGGCCUCCAAGCCGGAAGCAGACUCUGACAUACAGGAUAAUCCCAAGGCAGCAGAUAAGGGAGCGGCUGACAGCGCCACGCAGCCAGAGAGUGAGCCGGCGUCCAACACCCAGGGCAACAGCGAGGGUGGCACCGGAUGCCAGGUCAGCUCCUCUGGCCCGUCCUCGUCAUCGUCCUCCUCUUCUGAGAGCCUGGACCCAGCACUGGAUCCGUCUUCGUUGCCCCCACCGGACCCCUGGCUGGAAAGCGCGACCAGCAAUGGCGGUAGCGUCCCCACUGGUGAGACCCCCCUGGUCAGUGCACCCGCCUGCCGAAGAGACGGCCACUGGUUCCUCAAGCUGCUCCAGGCCGAGACGGCACGGAUGGAGGGCUGGUGCCAGCAGAUGGAGCAGGAGACCAAAGACCACCAGCUGUCGGAGGAGGUCCUGGGGAGGGUACGCAGUGCUGUAGGUAGUGCCCAGCUUCUCAUGUCCCAGAAGUUCCAGCAGUUUCGAGGACUUUGUGACCAGAACUUGAAUGUGGAUGCCAACCCACGGCCAAGUGCCCAGGACCUGGCUGGCUUCUGGGACCUGCUGCAGCUCUCCAUUGAGGACAUCAGCAUGAAGUUUGACGAGCUUUACCACCUCAAGUCCAACGACUGGCAGCUUUCCGACUCGCCAGACAAGAAGGAGGAUAAGAAGCAGCCCCCUCCAGUGCCAAAGAAGCCCAGCAAGGCGAAGCUGGCAGCAAACCGGGAGAAGGGGAGCGGCGGCGGCGGCGGCGGGGGGGGCGGCGGUGGUGGCGACCCGGCGGACAAGCAGCGGCAGGAAGCCCGCAAACGGUUAAUGGCCGCCAAGCGGGCGGCAUCUGUGCGACAGAACUCCGCCACGGAGAGUGCCGACAGCAUCGAGAUUUACGUGCCCGAGGCGCAGACCCGCCUCUGAAAGCGAGAGGCAUUGGGAGGUGUGAGAAACAAACGAAACACGCCCCCUACCCCCCCCCCCCCCC